AUGGCUCAAGCAAGUCAAAUAGUACCCUUUAUUAUCCUCCUCAUCGUGGUUGCUGUGGUGGCGGUGGUCGGCUUCAUUGCAUACUCGAUCGCCCACGAUGUCGGACACCACACGAGAAAGAAGCUGGAAAGGAAGAACGUCAGUUUCACACGGGAUGGAAUGAAGGUCGGCGUCAGGGAGCGAAGCGCUGAGCACGAACAAGACAAGGCGCAGAGCGUGAUCACGAAGAUUUGGAACCACUCAUCCUGGCCUGCAUAUCAGUCGCGCUUGGGUUGGGGCCAGGGAAACAAGUCGCCGGCCACCACGCCCAGCGGUACGCCGAGCGUGGAAAAGAGGAACCCAUAUUCACGCACAAGCUCGUCAACAGGCGCGGCCUCCGCACCAGGAUUAUCACGACAGGGCUCGAGUCAGGCCGGCCUGUCGCGAACCACUUCGGCCACGACAAGAUGA